CAGGGCAACGGAGGAGUAACACUACAGCUCAUGACAUAUCAAGUCACUGUUGCCCCUUAGAUCACACUCACUGCCAGACAAGUGUUAAAAUGAUUGGCUGGCUAUAUAAAGUUUGGAGUGGAGCAUUACAGAUGCCAAAACAGCCAUUUCCUCAGACCUCCUGCUCACUUUCUGUUUGCACUGGAGAAUAAAGAUUCUGAUGCCCUAUUGUUUAGUCUCCAGGUCAUCAUUCUAGACUUAUUUUGUCAGGGUGGAGGCUUUGCAGUUUCAACAUCCCUUUCUUUCCUUUUGAACUUAUUUUCCUGGAUAUGGGUGAACCAAAUAAAAUAUUACAGCGUCCCAUUUUUCACAGAGACAUGAAUUGGGAUCCCUUCCCAAACUGGACACAGCCGAAUCGCGUCUUUGCGCAGGAUUUUGGCCUCCCUCCUUUCCUGGAGCCUGUUGAUCUGGAAUGGAUUGACUGGGCGAAGAGGAGACUGGCAUCUUUGUCCUGGCCGGGGCUCACACAAACACCCCCUCUGCCGCUAUUCAGUGACCAGCACUCUGAUACACUGAACCAAAGGGGUCUGAGACAACGGACAGGUGGAGUGUCAGAGAUCCAAACUGGACAGGACAGCUGGAAGAUUAACCUGAAUGUCAAUCACUUCUCACCUGAGGAAAUCACAGUCACUACCAAGGAGGGCUACCUGCAAAUAUCAGGGAAACAUGAAGAAAGGCAAGAUAAGCACGGACUGGUUUCAAGAUGCUUCACUCGGAAAUAUAAGAUGCCACAGGGGGUGGAUUUGCAACACAUCAGUUCAUCGCUGUCUGAUGGCGUCCUGUCUGUUGAGGCUCCUGUCUCUGGCACCUCCAUCGGCGACCUGACCAAUGAGAUUGUCAUACCUGUUCAGAUCCAACAGGCGCAGGAUGGUGAAAAGUGAAACCAGUGGGCAGAACUUGAAAUUACAAUGAGGUGUAGGCCUUUGUAGCACUGACAUAAACUAGUUUUAAGAGCAUUAUAAGUCAAAUUUUACUGUAACAAGCUUGUUUUCCUGCCAAGUGAUACUGAUUAAUGUUGUAAUUCACUGUCACUAGUACAGUACCAUGUCAUGAUCGCCCCCUUGUCCUGUAGAAGGUCAGGGGAACUAGGAGAUGGUGGUGGCAGGCUGGGUGUCUGGAGCCAAUGCUAACCAACACUGGGCAAGAGGCGGGGUACACCCUGGACAAGCUGCCAGUCUUUCACAGGGCUGACACUUAGAGCCAGGCUGCUCACAACUACGAGCAAAUUAGAGUCAGCCAUUAACCUAACCUGCAUGUUUUUGGACUGUGGAAGGAAGCUGGACUACCCGGAGGAAAACCACAUGGUGUUCUGAAAGCGUGUGUCACAUUUGCUUUUGGUUUUGAUGCAAACUCAUUCAUGUAAAAGGGAACUGUGAUCUACCACAGACACUACUACAAGUUGACAGUAAUUAUCCAAGAGAAUGGCACAGAAAAAAAUGUAUCAGCUAACCAGAGGAUUCUGCAGAACAGAUAUAACAUUACAGCCUAACAAUAUCUGCCAUGUAAAGAAAAAAAUAUGUAAUUUGCUCCUUUAACAUCUUUCAUUAAUGAUCUAUAUAUUAGCAGAUUAGUAGGAAUCAGUUUAAUCUGUAUUAUUUGUUCAUCUAUUUUCUGAUUUACUGUAAAUUUUGUCAA